AAAAAGACUGAUUAAAAGGGCUCUUUGAUUCCACAGUCAAAAAAAUCCACAGCCAGGAAUUUGCUGCCACCUCUGAGUCAGGCAGGGGGUGGGGAUGGGGGUGCACAAUCCCAUUAGAGAAUGCCCAGUGGAUUUAGUCUGUGGGAGUCACAUUUCUUAUUUGGACCAGUGAAGACAGAAGCAAACCAGCUCACUUGUUUCCUGGGACAGUUAAUUUAGGGGAUGGCUUUCGCAGAGCAGUCACCUCUGACCCUUCACCGCCGGGACCUCUGUAGCCGCUCUAUCUGGCUAGCAAGGAAGAUUCGUUCAGACCUGACUGCCCUAAUGGAAUCUUAUGUGAAGCAUCAGGGCUUGAAUAAAAAUAUUAACCUGGACUCUGUGGAUGGUGUACCAGUGGCAAGCACUGAACGCUGGAGUGAGAUGACUGAGGCAGAGCGACUCAAAGAGAACCUCCAGGCUUACCGUAUGUUCCAUGGGAUGCUAACCAGGCUUUUAGAAGACCAGAGGAUGCAUUUCACCCCAACUGAAGGUGACUUCCAUCAGGCAAUACAUACUCUUCAGCUCCAAGUGUCUGCCUUUGCCUACCAGCUAGAGGAGUUAAUGGUGCUUCUGGAACAUAAGAUCCCAGAAAAUGAAGCUGAUGGGAUGCCUGUAGCUGCUGGAAAUGGUGGCCUCUUUGAGAAGAAGCUGUGGGGCUUGAAGGUCCUUCAAGAGCUUUCACAGUGGACCGUGAGGUCUAUCCAUGACCUCCGUGUCAUUUCUUCUCAUCAGAUGGGAAUCUCAACACAUGAGGGCCAUUAUGGGGCCAAGGACAAGCAAAUAUAGCAGUUAGCUCUUCCCUCUGUCUCCCUUUCUGUUCUCAUGGGAUAUUGGCAGUUCCUUUGGGUCUCCGUUUUCUCAGCAUCAGUCUUUUAAAACUUCAGACCACAGGCAUUUUUAUCAAGUAUGGUUGAGCCACAUAUGAACAGAUGGAUAUACAGGGUUAUUCUGGGUGUAUGCGUAUGUGUGCACAUGUUUUGGUUUGCAUUGGUGGUAUAACAGUAGAAACAAGAGCAUUAACCUUGCAUUUUGGGCUUUAGCCUUCCUGGUACUAAAUAACCUUUCCAGGCUUAUAACAACCUUACAUACUGGCAGAAGAAAAAUUGUAACUAGUUCUAGUUGACUUCUGAAAAGACAGUAGACAAAUUGGAAGUCCUAGACUAUGGCCAUUCAAACUAUCCUAAUAAAAAUAUUAUUGCUGUGCUGA